GAGAAAUUAUUCAAACUCUGACAUAACUUGUUGCAUAAGAAAAAUUACAUUUGAACUCAACGUCAUCGUUUCAUCACAUUUCCGUUUUGUGGUGGCAACGAACAUGGAUUCGGAUCGAUUCACCACUUGCCCCUUCUGCGAUUCAUGUCUACCCUUAUCUCAACUCACUGGCAGGCACGCCAAUUUUCAUUUUUGGGAACUCCAGCAUGAUUUUGACUUGCCCGCAAUAAUUCAACGCUCUCCCAAUGCCAAUUCACCCCCUCAAUCUCUUCCGAGAGAGAAAGCAACCACUGUUUCACUGUCUGGAGCAAAGUAUUCGUGUGGUGGUGAGACUAGUAGCGAUAACGGGGAGUGCAAAGUGAAUGACAAAAUCUCGUGCUUGAUUGUUUCUCAGACAAGGAGUGAAUUUCACAAAGUUGAAGCGGGUUUGAUGACAUUGUUGAAAAAUUGUUUAGAGUCUGAAAUUGGAAAUUCAAUUAGCAUUUUGUCGGGUUAUGUUGAUCAUUUCCAGUGCCUUGAAUCUGAGGAUGCCGGAUGGGGUUGUGGGUGGCGUAACAUUCAAAUGCUUAGUUCUCACUUGCUAGUGCAAAGACCUGAAGCAAGGAAAGCCUUGUUUGGUGGUUCGGGAUUUGUUCCUGAUAUCUUGUCGCUGCAAAGGUGGCUCGAGAUUGCUUGGGAGAAGGGUUUUGAUCCGCUUGGAUCAGCUCAGUUCAAUCAUGUUAUUUUUGGUUCUAAAAAAUGGAUAGGAACUACUGAGUGUGCAGCUCUAUUGCGUUCCUUUGGUCUUAGGGCAAGAGUAGUGGAUUUUGGUCCUAAGGGAUCUCAAUCCAUUCCAGGUUCUAGCGCUGACAAUGCCAGGAAUGAAACAAGUGUUCAUUUGGUAAAAAAGAAAGAUAGAGAGGGCAGGGGUUAUCAAGUUCUCAUGGAUUUUGUGUGGAAUUACUUUUUGGAUGAAAUCUCAAUCCAAUUUGGCCAGAAACAUGUUGUGAUCAGUGAGAAAACGCCUUUAUACUUUCAACAUGACGGUCACUCAAGAACAAUCGUUGGAAUUCAAGUCAACCAUCAACAAAAAAGACAUCUGCAAUAUAAUCUCCUAAUUUUGGACCCUGCUCAGAGUACAGCCGCUCUUGAAAGAUCCCUCAGGCAGAAAGUUAGGUGGGAGGAACUCAUAAAAAGGGGAAUGCAUACACUGAAGAAGUCACAGUACCAGUUGUGUUAUGUUGAUCCUGGAAUUGCUAGUGAGGGGGAGGUAGAAAAACUGAAAACAAUUGAUAGCAUCUUCCUUGAAUUUUAAACAAGCAUACAAAGCACUUUCUACAUCCAGGUCGUGUCUUCCAGUUCAGGUCAUUAGACUAUUUUUCUUGGCACUUAUUCUGACUAUAAUUUUAUUGCACUGGUGAAGAAAUUCAAGAAAACCUUGGUUUUAUGAAUUGAUACAACAGGCUCUUUUCAUAGUUACAGGUUAAGGAUCUGUAUAAAACUGUCAAGUAUAAACCUAUGAAGUUUCUUCGAAGCUCUGUAACCUGAACAUCCUUGAAUAAAGUCCUGACUCUGCUGCUAUUAGGGUCGAGUGGGAACCCAUCUGUACAACUUUACCUUUGUCCAUGACAAUUAUAGUAUCUGAGUUUAUCACUGUGGAAAGCCUAUGAGCUACUGUUAUCUGGGUGGUUCUUGAACACAAGCCACUGUCUUCCUUCAGAUGUAUUGCAUUUAAGGCAUUUACUAUAAUUCCUUCAGACUCAGCAUCAAGAGCACUUGUUGCUUCGUCGAGGAGUAAAAUUGCAGGCUUCUUUAGUAUUGUUCUGGCAAUGGCUAUUCUUUGCUUUUGACCUCCGGAAAGCUGGCAGCCUCUCUCUCCAACAACAGUGCUAUAUCCAUUUGGUAGAUUACUUACAAAUUCAUGUAUGUUUGCUUCUUUAGCAGCCUCCACUAUUUCACUUUCAGCAGCCCCAUUAUUGCCAUAGCAAAUGUUGUCUCUAAUUGAGCAAUUAAAAAGCAGUGGUUCUUGUUGUACUAGUCCUAUUUGUGUCCUUAACCAUCUUAGAUUAUAUUUCCGUAUGUCUUUUCCAUCAAUUAAGACCUUUCCUCCCUGUGGAUCAUAAAAUCGUAGUAAAAGUGCCAAAACAGAGGAUUUUCCAGCUCCACUUGGUCCUACAAAAGCCACCUUCAAUCCAGCUUCAAUUUGUAAACUGAAAUUAUCAAGAACGGUGACUUCGGGUCUUGUAGGGUAGUUAAAUUUUACAUUUUCAAAUUCUACAUUUCCUUGGAUCCUCUCCGGUUGUGAAUCAUCUGGUGUAUCUGGUUCAAUUUCAGUUUUACGAUCGAGGGUUUUGAAUGCUGGGGUCAGUAUAUUGAUAGCCGAGAUGACAGUUGGGAUCAGCGUGUAUAAUUCUGUGAUAGAAGGAACUGUGAGAGAAAAAAUUUGGUAUGACCUUAUUCCAUUUUCAAAGCUGGCUUGACGUCUGUCAACCAGAAUUGUUGUGUACCACAGAGCAACAGCAUGCGCAAUGUUCCAUAAGCAAAGGGAGAAGCCUUGAAUGAUCCCAUAUUUUAUACUUUCUUUCCUAUACUUCUUCUUUGGAAUUUCUAGGGAUGUUUUGGCUUUCCUCAUUACUUGUUCUUCAUGACAAAAUGAGGCAAUAGUCCUUAUGUUGGUUGUAGACUCGGAUGCAAGAGCAACAAGCUCAGAAUGUGCAGCAGAGUAGUCACCAGAAAAUCCUUUGGCAGACUUGGCUUGAAUAAGACCACCUAUGAAGUGGCAGGGCAUCACAGACCAAGCUACCAAACUCAUUCUCCAGUUGACGGCCAUGCUGACAACUGUUGCUAUCAGUAUGGAAGAAACACAUUGCAGGAUUACAGACAUUCGAUCAGCAAUGAUUACUUUGACCAUGGCAGUGUCACUGAUAACGCGUGAAGUCAAUGAACCAACAGUAUUAUCUGAUUUGUCAAACCAACCUACUUCAUUACGUAGCAGACCUGUAAUAGUUAAAAGAAUUAUUGCCUAUGUUUGUCAAAUCAUUCUGGAAUUUUAUGUAUGUAAUGUAUCGUUUAGGCUUUUGAGCCCAUGCCUCAGUUUUUUUUUUUUUUUUUCCAGGAAAGAGAAAUAAGGUUCAUUUAUGGAAAUUCUAAUUGGGGAUAUCUGAUACCUGAAUACAGAGCACGUCUGAGAUUUGCCAUGGCUUUUUCUCCAACCAUUCCAAAGAAGUAAUGCUGGACGGUGUGGCUGAAUAAUGAAAGCAUCCCUACUGCAGUGAAGAUGGCUGAAUAAAGUCCAACUUUCGUUUUUGCAUCUUCUUUAAAGUAUGCUACUCCUAUGGUGAUGAUGAAGAACCCAAAAAAUGGCUUUGAGAUACCAGAGAAAGCUGCUGCAAUUGAGCCAAUAGAAAUCUUCACUAGUUCCCUCUUCCUAAAACCAAACCAAAUUCUGAAAAAUAUAUUUCUUUUUCUGCUGCUCAUUUUGUUGUGUUCCUUUAGCACAGGUUGCUCAGUAAUAUUCUUUCGGGCCUCUCCCUGCACCUCUAGUGGUGGUCUAGUUUCAGUAGGAAAAUCUUCUUGGCGGGCACUUUUAGUCUUCGAAAUCGUAGCUCUAUCCAUUUAAUAUUUAAAGCUGGAUUAGAUUGCUUCUUUCUUUCUCUAUGGUUCGCAGUAUAUGUAAAAAAUGUACAUUAUAUUGUCAAUUACCUGGGUUCAGGAACUGAUUCGAGGUUCUGCAUGCUAAAUAAUGUACUAUAGAAUCUGCUUGUGUCUAACAGACUCUGGUGUGUUCCUGUCUCCGCAACUUGCCCAUUCUCGACUACAGCAAUGAUAUCUGCAUUUACAACUGUUGAGAGCCUGUGUGCAAUCAAGAUGACAGUCCUUCCCUGCGUAGCUGUCUCAAGUGCUUCUUGAACCAGCUUUUCAGACUCUGAAUCGAGGGCGCUAGUGGCUUCAUCAAGCAAAAGGAUAGGAGGAUUUUUCAGAAUGGCUCUGGCGAUUGCAAUUCUCUGUUUUUGGCCUCCUGAUAAUUGGACGCCCCUUUCUCCAACCUGACAAUCACCAUAGCUGACAUAUGAGCCCAUAAAUGUUAUGAGGGGAAGAAAUAUUUGUUGCCAGAAGACAUGUUUUAAAUUGCAUCAACUUAUCCCCAUCUACAACAGGCCAUGUUGGUCGACUCCCUUUUGUUUUGUGGCUUGGAGAGACCAUGCCACUUAUUUUAUGGUGAGUUAGGUUAGAAGAUCAUCUCAUGUUAGUAAAUUUUCCCCAAGUAAAAUUAUUGUUUAGAAGCAUCCACAAUUUUAUAACAACGAUUAAAAUUGAAGAUAUAGUCUCAUUUGGCAGGCACCACAAUUGAAGGAAUUUCGAUCCAAAUCAUUCAGCUUUGGUUU